AUAGAUUUCAUCUAGAUGUUAAAUAUUUGUACAACUUAACAUGAAAUUCAAUCGUUUAAAGUACCUUACAGAAGUGGUAGGACAAUAUUUAUAAAUAACAAUAUCACACUUGGAGACCAUCCGGAACCUGUAUUAAAGUUAUGUAAGAUAUUUAAAACUCAGUUUAAAAUUUAAGAAGUUUGGAAUAUGUAUUUGUGCUUUUGAAUAGUUUAGAAAUAGGGUUCGUGUUUGAAGAAAGCUGAAAACUCUUGAUAAUUGUUGUAAAAGGAUAAACCAACAUGAAUCCAUUGGCUGUUACACAAAGAGAAAGAAUUCGUCAGCAUAAUGAGCAAGAAGAUCAGGAGAUGCAAGAAAGAACAAACGAAACUAAAACAGAAGAUGUUCAUGUUGAAGUUGACAAACAUCCAGAAAAAGAGAAAAGGGUCUACUUCUUACCAAAGUGUUUUUGUCUUCUAAUAGCUGUCUUGGCACUAAUUGCUGCAGUUGUUGUUGUUGUUUACUACUUCCGGGAUAAAACCUCAGUCGAUGAUUUACGUGGCAAUGUAACACAUGACAAGAAACCAAUAGAAGAGUGUCACGGUAUCUCCGUAGAACUAGGAGAUACAAUUGUCAUAAAAUGUAGUUUUUUGGAAAUCAUCACUGAAGAAGUUGUGGCCAUUUAUAAGAACGUUGCUGGUGCAAAAACGUCUGAUUUUCAAUGUCUUAAAUCUGUUGAUGAAAAGAAUGUUACAUGUACAGCAAAUAAUGUGACAACUUGUAGCUCAGAUGGAAAAGUUGAACUCCGGUUUCUUGACAAGAAGAAAGUAAAGUUUACAAAGACGGUUAGAGUUAACGUUAUAGUUCCAAGCUCGUCUCUUACAACUUCACUCAGGCAGAUUUUUGUCGGAAAUAAUUCAAAUUUCUUCAACCUGACCUGUGAAUAUACACAAGACUGUUCUAAUCAUGUAAUAAAAUUUCUUGGAGAAGGAAAAGAUAUAGCAGGUACUCGUACUUGCACAACGACAUACUCUAACAAAGAUGGAUACAGCAUUAAAUGUAAUGCCAUAAUAUCUGGUAAAGUUUUUUUUUGA